UUGGCUGGGUCACGCUGCAAUCCAGCCGGAUGUUUUGCGUCGCCAGUAUGCGAUGGGAACAUUUGCUCAUUUUAUCACAAAACUAAUCUUGCGGCUCCAGCGGCGGCCCUGACCAGGCACCAAUGAGUCGAGCUUUGUGAGAGGGCAGCAGUCAGCCCAGUGUGCUGGAUGUCUGUGACAGAUCCAUGGGCCAGAAGGACCAUGUGGAGGCAGGAACAGGCCACCUCGACCUGGGGCUGGAUUUGGAGUAUCUCCACGUAGCAGGGGCCGACCGGCAGGCUGGCGGUGCUGACGUGCCCCCUGCUAUGGAGGAGCAGGGGGAGAGCUCUGGCAACAGCAGCACCGCCAAUUCCCCUCCACCGGCUGUGGUGGAGGAAAAUGCCGGGUCUGAUGCAGAGUGCGAGCCGGCGCCGUCUUCCGGCGCCCCCCUCGCUGACCCGGAUGGAGGAGAAGGAGGGUUAACUCACAGUAAGAACACCCACCAGCCACUUUGUCGGACCCAGUGUGUGGACUUAGGCACUGAGGGUCCUCCUGAGCCCCCGCCUAAACCCCCAUCGGAUCUCGAACACGACACCCCUGCGCACUCCUCACCCAGCUCCCCACAUAAGCACCCACCUGAGCCUCCGUCCAAUCCCUGCUCAUCAGAGCCAGCGGCCGAGGCUGGCGGGAAGGAGUACCAGGCUAAGCUGGAGUUUGCCCUGAAGCUGGGCUACUUUGAGGAGACAGUGCGACUGGUGCUGUCCAAGCUUGGCCCCGACACCCUCAUCAAUGACAUACUGGGAGAGCUGGUCAAACUGGGCACCAAGUCAGACAGCGAGCAGCCGGCUGGAUCAUUAGCCUCUACCUCAUCUUCUUCAUCCUCCUCGUCCUCCUGUGCCUGUUCGGAUUUGCUGGACAGCCAGAGGUCAGACUCGCCCUGUCCGUCCGACUCUCUGUGUGACCAGGACAACCUGCGGCCAAUUGUGGUGGAUGGCAGUAAUGUAGCGAUGAGCCAUGGCAACAAGGAAGUGUUUUCCUGCCAGGGCAUCCAGCUGGCUGUAGACUGGUUCCUAGAGCGUGGCCAUCAUGACAUCACAGUGUUUGUGCCUGCGUGGAGGAAAGAGCAGUCCCGCCCUGACGCCCCUAUAACAGAUCAGGAGAUCUUGCGUCGCCUAGAGAAGGAAAAGAUCCUGGUCUUCACUCCUUCGCGGCGUGUCCAAGGUCGGCGCGUGGUUUGCUACGACGACCGCUUCAUCGUCAAGCUGGCCUAUGAGUCAGACGGCAUCAUCGUCUCAAAUGAUAACUACCGAGACCUGGCUAAUGAGAAGCCUGAGUGGAAGAAAUUCAUCGAUGAGCGGCUGCUCAUGUAUUCCUUUGUCAAUGACAAAUUCAUGCCCCCAGAUGACCCUCUUGGUCGUCAUGGCCCCAGCUUAGACAACUUCCUGAGGAAAAGACCUGUCAUGCCUGAGCAGAAGAAACAGCCUUGUCCAUACGGAAAGAAGUGCACUUACGGCCACAAGUGUAAGUAUUACCACCCAGAAAGAGGUGCUCAGCCUCAGCGUGCUGUGGCUGAUGAGCUGCGUGCCAGUGCCAAGACGUGUGUCGCCACGAGAAACCAGGGGGACACUGGGUUGGUGAAGAGCCACAGUGUGCCAGCUGGCAGCAUUGAGGCAAAAAAAGGUGCCCAGAAAAGGCAGUCCGACCCAAGCAUCCGAGCUCUGUCGUACAGUGAUGCUGAGGAGAAGCUGGCAAAGGGGAGGGCAGAAAGCCAGAAGAACAGUAUGUGUGGCAGUGGCAGUGGGAGUGUACCCAUGUCCUCAGCCCUAGGGGGCCCUUCAUCCAGUUUCACCCUUUCCCAGGACCAGCAGUCCAGAGCAGUGACCCCUCAUAGCCUACCAGCCCCCAGCCAUGACCUUUACCCUCACUGUGAGUCUCCAGACUUGAGCUACUACUCAGUAACGCGUGCUUACUCUGGCCUGAGUCUCUCCUCCAGACGGAGCCCAGACUGUCGCUUCCCCAAUGACACAGACAUGCGGGUGGGCUCGAUGGGUUCGGCCGGCUCCGAAUGCGGCAGCGAAAGCAGCGUGAGUUGCGGGAGCAGCUGCGACUCGUACAGUGAGAGGCCGUGUCCCGUGUGCCCUCCAGAGACCUUACUGGAAGACAGCAUCCAUUUUGCUAAUCCCCACAGCCGGCUGUAUCCCCACCAUGCCGCAUCGAACCAUGAACUGUGUGGCCUUCAUCCAGCCGAUUACACAAAUCUCCAACACAGCCACACGUCUAAUACAGGAGUGCAUAGCUACCACCUGAGUAUGGCACGUGGGCAGAGCUGUGCUCACGAUCAGCCUCCACCAGAGGCUCCCCAACCGCCCCAGCACCCCUCCCCUCAUCUCCAGCACCAGCCGCUGGCUGCCGCUCCAGCUGCCCAAGGCGACUACCACUCACUGCCCCAGUCCAACCCUCACCCCCUGGCUCUCCUCGGCCGCUGCCUGGCCCCCGCAGCGAGAGAGAGCGUGUCAGACUCGCAUCUGUAUGAACACCUCUCUACAUCGCACCAUCACCACCGGACAAAAGCUUUGCCCAGCUGGGACUCGUAUUACAGACAGCCUACUUUGCCGCCGUCCAGGUAUGAGCCAUCUGCCUAUCAGAGCCUGCCAGACACCCAGCAGUCAUCCUGGCACGCCCCUCCCUGGGCACAGGACGGCUACACCCAGCACCACACCUCCCACCCAGCUCUCCACCCAUCCCCGACACAUUACUUAAACCAUCCGCCGCCUCCAGCCCACUCUCCGCACCCGCCUCACCCAUCCGGCACCCCUCUCCCGCCGUACCCGCCUCACAGCGCUCACCUGGGAGUGCCCUCCCACGCUCCUCCCUCCUACAUGCCGCAGCACCCAGAAUCCCCCGCACACAGCCGCUACGGGGACAUGAGGGAGAAAGUGUACGUCAACCUGUGCAACAUCUUCCCCUCGGAGCUGGUGAGCCGUGUGAUGGCCAGGAGCCCCCACAUCGCAGACCCCCAGCAGCUGGCAGCUGCUAUACUUGCAGAGAAAGCCCAAACGGGGUACUGAAGAACGAAGGAAAGUGUGAUCUCCCAUUAGAAACCAAUAGCAGUUACGUAGUCUGAGUAAAAAUAGGAAAACACAAACGGUGGGUGGUUUGCAUCAGCAGAGCAAACUUUGCCUUUGCAACACUUGAAAGCACGUUGGGUUUGCAUGGUGGUAUUUUAAAUACUGGAAUGCUUUUGGAUUGUCUCCAUGUAUAGAUUUUUCUUUUCUUAUGACAUUAAUGAGACAAUGCAUAGGUUUCAAGGAUAUCAAAUGCUAAAGAUAAUCCAAAUCCAGCUCUGGUUAUUGUGCAGGGACAACUAAAUCCACUGAACUUUAAGAAGUGUGGGGAGAGCAAGUCAUUUGACGAAAUCUUUGACUUUGACACAAAGUGCAACUUGUUCCAAUGUGUAACCUGCCCAGUUAGUCUUUUUUAUUUAUUUAUUAGCUUAUUAUGUGUAUUUCACAUGCAGGACUUUUAAUGCAUCAAAUUCAAAAGGCCCUUUUUUACAGCCAAAUCAUAACUUAGAGUUGGUAUCGCAUACAUCAGAUAUGAAGGAUAAUUUAAGCAUUUCCACCACCUAUUAUGAUUCUGAUUUGUAGUGACUAUACACACACAUAAUGUGCAUUGUACACUGUACUUAUUCUCAGAGCUGAGUCAAACGGUGUUUGCAAAUUUUCUUUUCUUUCAUGUGUAAAGCCAGAGAGAUGGGAUUUUUUUUUUACCUCCAUAACAAUACAGAAAAGUGUCACAGAUUUCACUGAAUAAUUUUCUUAAUGUGUUAUGUGGCAAAUCCAUCAUCACAUGACAGUUUCAAACUACUAUUUGACCAAGGUCUGUGUAUUGUAUUAAUCUCUUUGUGUGUGUGUUGUUUGGCCAUUUGUGGGGCUUUUUCCAUGUUGGUAAAAAAUGGGUGUCUGAAAGAUGGUCGUCUUAUUUGAGAUGACGUCGGUAUUUUGGUCAGAGUUGUAGCUGUAGAGAUGGGUGACCCUGUCGUGUGUACCUUAGUUUUAGUAAGGGACAUCUCUCUCUUUCUCUCUCUCUCUUUCUCUCUCUCUAUCUCUCUCUGGCCCUUUUCAUUUGGGUCAACUCUGGCAUCUGCUACAGACAGAGGACAUCUGGACAUCAGAACAAAACAUGUAUGUAUUGUAAAUAUAUUUAAGACUCCCCCCGCUGGGCUUUUGGCUAACAGCGUCAACUGUUGUCUGUAGCAGAUCCCAGCUGAAUCCAUGCUAGACAGAGAAAAUCCUUGUUUGAUACAAAUUGUAUCAUUAACUAAGUCGCUGAUGUUAUAUACAGUACAUGGACUUGUUGAUCAGUAUCUAACACUCUUGAUGUAUUGCUAUAUGAUGAAAUGCAUUGACAACAGUUCUGUUCCAAACGAGAUGUUCCAACUCUUAAUCUUGUGGAAAUUGCUUUUGAGACAAUUAUUUCAAAUAUGUUAUGAAACGAGAGGAGUUGUCUGCCUACUAUGUUUAGGUAUCACAACUUCUUUAUCUGUGCUUUUGGGUUUUAAAGCUGGCUUAUUUUCUAAAGGAGCUCCAAUUCAAUCAUGUGAGAAAUAUAUGCUUUGGUUUACUUGUUAAAUGACCAUUUGAAAACAAAAGUGUGUUUUAUCACAGUUAGGGUUGGGGUCAGUUCAUUUCAAGCUUUUUUUAGCCUCUUUAUUAAGUCCUUUUUAAAGUAACAUUAUACAACGUUAUGCUUGGAAUAAUAAUUUAUUUUUUAUCAUUAACUUCUCUAUUGUUUCUAUUAAAUCAUGAAUUAAGUGAACAAACCCCAACCAUGUUUAAUAAGUAAAGUUUUCUAUUUGGGCCAGUCCCAUAUCCCAUGGUGGCCAUUUUUAAUGUCUGUAACACUCUACCAAAGCUCUACCUGGACUGUUUGCAAAUGUAUAAGACCAUGUUUGCCUUUACAAAAAGAUGAGGGCUUCAUAGAACCCGAAAUGAUCCAGUCAGUAAAGAGAUCUCGAGAAUAACAACUGCUUAAAUGUGGACAGACAUUUAGCUAGCUAACUGGAAUGGGAAGUGUUUUUGUGUAUUUUUAAGGACAAAAAUCUUUAAAUAUCUUUGUGCACAGUGCAUUACAGGGCGGUAGUUUGAAGAAGGGUUUUAAUUUCUCCACACACAGGAGGCUCCCUGAGCACUUACGAAGCUUAUGCCAACAUGUCCUUGUGUAAUUGCACACCUGACCUGUUCAGAUGUAACAUAUGCUGGGAUGGCCCAAAAAUUGAAAUUCAGGCAAACGUUGCACUUAUAUUAGUAGGGCGUUAUAUAUUCUGAAUGCAGCAUUAGCCUAUCUUUGACUAGCUUAGGUGUACUUGAUCAGGUAGAGCCCAACCAAAGUGUAACGCAAGUUCAAAAUGGCCACAAAGGAAUUAAAGUCUACAGAGUGAGCUCAUCAUCCAGUUCAUUACAAGCCAGCUACAUAAAGCCCACAGGUUUCUUUCCUGUCCAACGUGUCACAUUGUACAAAUAAUGAAUAAUUGUACAAUGACGUGCUGUUGACGAGAGAGAACCUUUGUGUGUAUUGAAGAAGCGCCUUCUCUCUGGCCUCCUGGCACUGUGUGUCAGUGUGGCACCUGAGUGUGGGCCAAAAGUAAUGCCUCUUCAUGGCAUUGUGCUUAUGACACAUCCAAUACUCUGAACUAUGUUCAGCUAACUGUUAUGCAUGUUUUGAUUUGUUUUGGUUUCUGCAUGAUUCCUUGUGUUUAUUUGUGUACAUAGCUGUGUUUCUGUCCUGGAAGCGUUGUCCUGAUGUUACUGUGAGAUGAUUGUAGCUGUUGAGAUGCCGAUAGGCUUACUUCUAUAGAAAACGGUCUUGUUUUUCUGUUUUGUUUCAUAUAUCAGUUAGUAUUGAUUUCACAACACCAGCCUCUUUACAAUAUAAAGUCAAGAGGCAAUGCUAUUUGUUUUCUGUAAGGCUUGAAAUUUCAGGAUCAGAAAGAAUAUUUUGGAAUGCAUCCCAAAUUAGCUUUAUGACAUACAUUUUAUGACAAACAUUGUUUUCUUUGGAAGUGCACUUGGCCAUAGGUAGCGAUAAUGGAAAUGAUUAGGAUAAGUUGACUUCUGUGCUGCAGAUAUUGAAAUGCUAUACAGGCCACAACACUGAUAGAAUGAAAAUCCUGUUUCAAAUUAGUCAGUAGUAGAAUAGCCCUGUAACUAAUUGAUUAUUAUAACAUUCUUACUGUAACUGUGAUUGUUCAUUAAAGUACUGCCUCGAAAUGUGA